CCCCUGACCCCUCACCCCUCUCUCCUACUAGUUUUUUCCCAAGCCGGUCUCGCCGCGUGUGGUUUUCGAAAUCAAUACACGUGUUUUUGGUGAAUUAAAGAAGCUAUAUUUAAGAAUUUACAAAGGAAACGUUUCGCAUUCUUCGCGCAUUAACCAUUUAAGUGUUGUUUAGACUUAUUUCUAGAAACAAUGACUGAGGAAAAAGAAGUCGCGCCCGAGACCAACGGACAGGAGAAUGACGAGAAAAAUGCUAACGUGGAAAAAGAAUCUGAGCUCGAAUCUGCCAUUAUACGCCAAGUGGAGUAUUAUUUCGGUGACUUGAAUCUUCCUCGUGACAAGUUUCUGCGCGAGCAAGUCAAGCUGGAUGACGGUUGGGUUCCCAUCGAAGUUCUGACUACAUUCAACCGACUUAAGAAACUAAGCAAAGAUGUUGAGGUCAUCGCCAAUGCUCUUCACAAGUCCACCAGCGGACUGUUGGAGAUUUCAGAAGACAAUAAAAAAAUAAGGCGCAGUGCUGAAUUUCCUGUACCAGAAAUGAACGAGGAGCGCCGCAAGGACCUCUUAGACAGGACCAUAUACGCAAAGGGUUUUGAUAAGAAUGCCACAUUGGACGAUCUCCUGAAAUACUUCAAAGAUUACAACGCUGUUGAAAAUGUGGUCAUGAGACGAUAUUUGGACAAGUCAAAGAAAAGGUUGUUCAAGGGAUCAAUAUUUGUAACAUUUAAGAACAGGGAAGAGGCUGAAAAGUUUAUUAAUAUAAAAGGACUUAAAUACAACGAUACAGAGUUGAUUGUUGAAUGGCAAGGGGACUAUCUGAAGCAAAAGCAAGAGGAAUACUUAGCAAAGAAAGAUUCUAAAGAUAAGAAAGGAAAACAGAAGGAGAAGGAACAAGAGAAAGAAGAGUUCACGCUGCCAACAGGGACAAUCCUUCAUUUUACUGACUGCACUGAGAAAACAACCAGAGAGCAUGUGAAGGAUGCUCUGACAGCUAUAGGUGGCGAAAUCGCAUACAUAGACUUCAAACUCGGCGACACGAAAGGCUGGGUGCGUCUAUUAAAAGAAGACUCUGCAAAAGAAUUGGCUGAAAAGAUGACUGACGGCAAACUGAAGAUUGGCGAAACUGACGUUACCUUCCGCGUCUUGGAGGGCGAGGAGGAAAGGACAUUCCUGGACAAAACCAUAGAAGAGAUGGUGAAACGACGCAAGAACAUGAAACAGAACAAACACAAAGGCAAGAACUUCAAGGGGAAACAUGGAAGGAAACGCAGGCAAGAUGAUGGUGAUGAGGUGCCCCAAAAGAAAGUUAAGGCAGACAGUUAGUUCCACAUAGUGACAGUUAAACUGCAACACAUAUUGGCAAGGGUUGUUUGAGGUGAACAGAGUGUCAGUGAAGAGGCAAAUUUUAUGUCCUUAGUAUAUGGUUGAUAUUAAGAUCAUGAGACAAUUCCUGCUAAGCAGUGUGCGUAGUGUUUUAUAGUAAUAUCAGCCUUAUGUUAACGCUAUAAGAUUAGGUUUUAUUUGGUAACUAGCCACUUCACUGCAACUCGGUCAAUUAAGGCAGACCCUAACAAGCUGAUCAUAGUGCCCCGGGCUACAUUCAUUGUAAAUAUGAGUUUACAGCUAUAUUAAAGGACUGAAAACGCCAAUUUUGCAUUCGCGACAGGAUUUGUUCUUAUAUUUUUAUAUUCGCACCAUUUGUAGUCAUUUUUAUUGAAUGUAAGGGCUCUUUCACAUUGGAAACUGGCGAGCUUGUGUGGUGAAGUUUUUUCCUUAAAAUACACAAGGACCAGCUACUUAAAAUAUCGAAAUAAUAUUUAUAAUAGUAAUUUUCGUCAACUAUGAUGGAAGUAUAAAUAAUUGUAUAACCUCAGUUAAUAUACACAGUAUUAUACAAAACUAUAUGCACGGAUUGUAAUUCUAAAUGACUAUUUAAGGACAUUCUUAAUACUUUAUAGAAGCUUGAUAAAAUCACUACAAAUACGUUUUAUAGUCUUCCCAUAUUUGUUCUGUAAUAUUUAUUACUUUCGAAAAGAGCUCGCCAGUGUAAACACUUAGUACAUAAUAUAUAUUAUUUAUAAAUAUAACUAUAUUCGUAUUUAGAAUUUUCUACUGUAUUCGUCGGUAAUAUUUAAGAAUUUUCAAGUUAAUAUGGGUCUUAUUACACUACUAUAUGAGACCAGGAUAUCAAAUAAUCGUUUAUAUGUAUAAGCCUAAGGUAAUGGCCAUGGGCCAGAAAAUUAUGAAAAUCUUUAUUUGAUGUGAAAAGUGAAAACAGUCAUUUUAAUUUUGUGAUGGAGAAAGAGUGCUAUAAUUUAUAAAUUUGCCAAAUACAUCUUGUUACUGCCAAUUCUUAUGGAUUUAGAUUUGUAAAAGGUGCUUUUAACCUGAUUUUCGCAAGACCGGCGUAAAAAUCAUCAAAAUGGCGCUUAUCAAACCCAGUUCUAGAAUAUUCGAGAACUUAUUGAUCAGUGUAUUGUUAGCCUAGCCUAGUAUAGCCUUAAGCCGCGUACACAUCGGUAAAAUAGUAUUGUAUAUUUUGAUGCGAUUAUUUGUAUUACGCACAAAAUAUCGAUACGGUAGUCGUAAUUAUGGGACGAUUGAUUUGUGAAAAGUUAUUUAAAUCGCAUUCACUGUAAUUGGUGGUGCAUACACUUUCUUGAAAUUGAAAUUGGUGUAAAACCGGCUUAACUUGGGCACCUUCAUUAUAACUAUGCUAUUUUGUAUUACGAAUGUGUAAUCGUAAUUUAUAUGCGUAUGUACAAAAUACUUAAUGUUCAGCAAAACUGAUUUGUUUGAAAAACGUUUAUGUCAAUAAAUUUUACUAUAAUAAAACUAAA